AUGGUGUCCUGGGAGCUGGUAGUUGCUACGCUAGCCCUUGCCUUCGUGGCGAUCGCAACUGUCCCGAGUCUCGAAAACCUCACCCGCGUCAAGAACAACCUCACGUGGCCUGGUAACAACAAUCUCUACGUCGACAACGAUGGGAGUGCGACAGUGGAAAGCCAACGAGACUUCUCCUCGUGUAAACUGCAGCGCGCCGUCCUGUUGCUCUCGUCCAUUGCCGCGGCAGCCCUAUCCCUCACACUCGCGGUAUUGGACACGCGGACGGCAUCGAGCAGCGAAUUGGAGCACGUAGUGGCAGAAUGGCUGAACUUUUCAGCCUAUGCAAUCUUCUUUACCCAGGCUGUCGCUAUUGCUCUAACUCAUGAUCCAGUGAAGCGAUACAGGUUCGCUUUCUUAGGAGCUCUCGAACAAGCUGUGCUACUCUCAACCGUCUUCCUGCGGCAUAAUAUCUGGAACACUUCCUCUCAUAAACGGGAACUUCUCUUAGCGAAUCUGCUAUUAUUUGCCCUCGGUUUCCUCGUUUGUCUCACGUUUCCUCGCCGGCCCGACGUCUUCCACGAAGGCAAAAUCGUGGAUCGACAGUGGACAGUGUCGGCACUGAGUCACAUGACGUUCUCAUGGGUAAACUCGCUCUUAACAUUCAUCGUAUCACAUCAGAAACUGGCCGUAGAUGAUCUGCCUACAAUGGACCAUAAUACAAGAGCCAAAGAGUUGCAUGACUCUUUCAAUGAAGAAAAACGCACGGCAAAACUCGCAAAGCUUGUCAUCAUGGCACAUGGACCUGCUAUCUUGUGGCAGCAUCUAAUCACAAUGAUCCUUGCCGUGCUCGAGUUCAUGCCUCAAAUCUCUCUGUACAAACUAUUGCGAUCUCUCGAAGCCCAAUCGCCCGGAGCAGCCGCAAGCGUGUCUUCCCUCUCUUGGGCUGUCGGAUUGGGUUUCUUUCUGCUGCUUAAUACUUUGGGUGAGACCUAUAUGUGGUACUCAAGCCGCGCAUUCGUCUUCGUGCCGAUGCGGAUUCAGCUCAUGGCGCUGAUAUUCUCAAAAUCUAUGAGGCGCAAAGACGUCAAAGGGGCAGAGAAGGAAGACACAGCCACGAAAAUCCAAAGUGGAGAUUCCGACAAGAAUCCAGAGUCUGGGCCACAAGAUGAUCAAACAGAAUACGUCCAGAAAACUCGACAGGGAACGAUAAAUCUAGUCGGGUUCGAUGCCGCGAGAAUCUCAGAAACCGCAAUUUACCAAAAUUUCUUCCUCCUAACCAUUCUCAAAAUGGCUAUGUCUCUUACAUUCCUUGCUCUUCUCAUUGGAUGGCGACCGUUACUCGCGGGUAUGGCAGGGCAACUGGUGAUCUUUCCGAUCACCGGGUAUUUUGUUCGAAAGUAUACCAAUGCGCAGGACGAUCUUAUGAAAGCCAGGGACCGAAAAUUGGCAAUCUUAAACGAGACCUUAGCUGGCAUACGUCAGAUAAAACUUUCUGCUCAAGAAGACCGUUGGCAGGCUAAGAUCAUGGCCGUUCGCAAUCUCGAACUCGAUGCCAUAUGGACUGGUUUUCGAGCAGAUGUUGUCCUCAUCUUUUCCUGGCUCACUGGACCCGUGAUCCUAUCUUCCAUAUCUAUCUCAGUGUACGCAAUAAUUUAUGGAACUCUUUCCGCGUCUGUUGCCUUCACCACCAUCAGCUUAUUGGGUCAACUGCAGGCCACAAUGUCUUGGAUUCCGGAGCUCACUACGAACGUAAUCAAUGCAUGGAUUAGCCUUGAACGAAUUGAAAGAUACCUUAAUGCUCCGGAGAAAACUAAUAACACUGUCAAUGGGGAUUGCAUAUCCUUUUCCAACGCGAGCGUUGCGUGGCCAUCAGACAAGGAUGUAGACGACCAAACCUUCAUUCUCAAGAAUAUCAACAUCUCGUUCCCAGCCAAUGAGCUCAGUGUAAUCUCUGGAAAGACUGGAUCUGGAAAAAGUCUUUUGCUCGCUGCUAUUCUUGGUGAGGUUGAGAUCUUGGAGGGCACAGUUACUGUUCCCACAUCGCCUCCGCUGAAUGAUAGGUAUGAUGGAACAGCUACAUCAUCUAAUUGGAUUAUAAAGCCAGCUGUUGCCUUCGUCAGUCAGCAACCCUGGAUUGAGAAUCGUACCUUCAGGGACAAUGUCCUUUUCGGCUUACCUUUCGAUGAGAGCCGCUAUCAAAAGGUAUUAUCUGCCUGUGCGUUACACCAAGAUCUUCUCCUUCUUUCCGACGGAGACAUGACAGAAAUUGGCGCCCACGGCAUCAAUCUUAGCGGUGGUCAACGCUGGAGGAUUACACUCGCUCGAGCGCUUUACUCACGCGCAGGGACCCUCAUCAUGGAUGAUAUUUUCAGUGCCGUAGAUGCUCAUGUGGGUCUCCACUUGCUAGAAAACGCCAUCGCGGGGGAGCUCGGCCAGAACCGAACGAGAAUCAUUGUCACGCAUCAUGCAAGCUUGUGUCUUCCCAGAACGAAGUACUCAGUCCACUUAAACAAAGGUACGGUCGACCAAGCCGGCUUAGUGGAGGAACUUCGGGCAAGGGGCAAGCUGGACGAAAUCCUGAAAGAUGAAGAAGAUGCUGUUUCUGAUACCGAAGAUGGUGAUACAUUUCCUAAUCUUCCCAUACAUGAACAUCGACGAGCCUCAUCGUCGGCAAAAACUGAGGGACGAUUGAACGGCAGCCAUGGAGCCGAAAGACGGCGACAUUCUACGAUCAGCGCAAGGUCGGACAAAAUUGAUGACGGAGGGCUUUCCGUCGGACCGAAAGCUAUCCCCAAGAAGUUUGUGGAAGACGAGACGACCAUGCGUGGGCGUAUCUCCUGGGCCGUCUACCGGCGCUACAUGUCCGCUGGAGGUGGCUUCUGGUUCUGGGCUAUUAUCGUCCUGGCUUUCGCUAUUUUUGAAGCCGGACUCCUUGGUCAGUACUUGUGGCUGGCAAUGUGGACCGACAGUUACAGUCCAAAAGCCAUGAUCACGGGACUUUCGAGAAAUGCUCCUAGCUACAAUAUCACGACUCGGCCAUUGAAGGCUGUGGACCUCGACCCAGACCUGCGAUAUUAUCUCAUAGUCUAUAUCGGCAUCUCUCUGUUGCUAUGCGUUGAGGGCGCUGUAAGAUAUUAUGUCGUCUUCAAAGCGUCAACUAUAGCAAGCCGAGUCUUGUUCCACGACUUUACGCAUGCAGUUCUGCGCGCACCAAUCAGAUGGCUCGAUACUGUUCCCAUUGGCAGAGUGCUGAACAGAUUUACAACCGACUUUCGAGUCAUUGACUCCGAAAUGAGUACGGCAGUUGCAAUGGUGAUCAACUAUGCGUUGCGGGUGAUUGGUAUAACGAUCGCUGGGAUCAUGGUCUCACCAUAUAUGGCUUUCUUUGCGGCAAUGCUCAUUGGUGUCAACAGUCGAUUUGCUCUUCAUUUCUUGGAAGGUGCUCGUGAAACGAAACGGUUGGAGAGUGUUACGAAAUCACCUAUCUUCGACCUUUUCGGCAGCGCUCUGGCUGGUGUGAGCACCAUCCGUGCCUUUUCAAAGACUGAUGUGUACAUCGCGGACAUGUUUGCAAAGAUCGAUAACUACGGGAGCUCUCUGUGGUACAUGUGGGUUUUCAACCAGUGGUUAGUAUUUCGACUAGGACUGCUUGGAGCAGCUUUCAGCACCGCCAUGGCAUUGCUGUUGGUGUCGAUGAAGUCUCUCGGAGCACCACUCGCCGGGUUUGCGUUGACCUUUACGCUCCAAUAUUCCAUGGCUGUGAUGUGGGUUCUGAGGCAGUAUAGCACUGUGGAGUUGGGCAUGAAUGCUACUGAAAGAGUGGUGGAGUACUCCGAGUUGGAAAUCGAGAGUCAAGACGGCGCCGAUGUCCCCGCUGCUUGGCCAGCAGAAGGUCGCCUUGAGGUAGAAGACCUCGUCAUUGGAUAUGCGCCAGACUUACCCCCGGUGCUGAGGGAACUCAGCUUCACGAUCGAGCCGAACGAACGGAUUGGGAUCGUGGGGCGGACUGGAGCGGGCAAAUCGUCUUUUACGCUUGCUCUCUUUCGUUUCCUAGAAGCUCGAGAAGGGAAGAUCGUUAUUGACGGCAUCGACAUAUCAAGCAUCAAGCUCAGGCUCCUGCGAAGCCGCUUGGCGAUCAUUCCUCAAGACCCGGUGCUCUUCUCCGGCACCGUCCGCUCGAAUUUGGACCCAUUCGAGGAACACUCUGAUGAAAGACUGCAAGAAGCGCUGCAAAGGGUCCACCUGAUCUCUCCACAGCAAGGUGUACCAGAGAGUGAUAGUAGGCAAAAUGUGAACCCUUUCUCGUCUCUCGACAACCACAUCUCAGAGAGCGGUCAAAAUCUCUCUCAGGGCCAGCGCCAGCUACUCUGUCUAGCUCGCGCCAUCCUGUCACACCCGAAGAUACUUGUCCUAGACGAAGCUACUUCCGCAGUGGAUAAGGCGACCGAUGAGCUCAUCCAAGCUAGCAUUAGAGAUGAGUUCAGGAACAGUACUCUUAUUGUGAUCGCGCAUCGGCUCAGCACAAUCGCGGACUUCGACCGCAUAAUUGUGAUGGGUGAAGGGAGAGCAGUGGAGUUUGGAUCACCGAGGGAGUUGUUGAGCGGGAAGGGGGUGGGGGCUUUUGAGGAGCUUGUACACAGAAGUGGGGAGGAGGAGUUGCUCAGGAAAAUUGUAUUUGGGGAUGAGCGGGAUUAAUAGUUACCGAAAUAUUACAGAGCUAACUUAAGCAAUAGAACACUUAUCCUAAAUUAGUAAAGAAGAUAACAAAUAAAUUAGCUUAC